GCUCUACAGGCCGCCGAAGUCGACCAAUUGCCUUUAGAAUUUGAACUCAUUCCACACGUGGAUCGACGAGUCCGUAAAUUUGGCCUGCAUCGCCGUGUGUUUACCACGCGCCUCGUCCAACGUGGAGGUGCCCUUCGCCCCGAACUGAUUCCGCGAGACCAGCUUCCAUCCUUGUUGGAUCAAGCCUUGCAGAUCGCCAUCCAGCGCCAAGUGUUGGACCAACCGGGGGUUCACGACAACGACCAUCUGAUGAUCAACAUGAGUUCUAACAGACUACAACACGCCUAUCAGUCUUCCCGAGUCAGAGUCCGCGAUUGGAUCCAGGAUACGGAACCCGCCCAAAUGAUGAUGCAACAAAUAAGUAACAUUUUAAACUCCAACGAGAACUUUGCGAUCGAUGAUAGCUUCCAUAUAGAAGUCAGCCAUAUCCGAGACAGUGGGGUCGGGUCAGGCAGUCGCGGCCAACGGCCCGGCACCCAACCCAUUGAACAAUUUUUACGCGACAAAAAAUCCGUCGUACGUAUUCAAAACGACGAUGAAUUGUGCUGUGCCCGAGCGUUGGUCACCGCCAAAGCGUACCGAGAUUGGGGCAGCCGUGACCCUCACUACAAGGACAUCAUACGAGGGGGUGCCUUUCAAAGAAACAUGGCCAAGACCCUGCACCGCCAAGCCCGUGUGCCUGAAGGACCUUGUGGGCUCGGGGAACUGGAACUUUUUCAAAUUGUAUUGACCGAAUACCAAAUUGUGGUGGUGUCCGCCGACCAUGGGUAUCAAAUUAUUUUUAAAGGCCCUCGCCAACCCGACCACAAAUUACUCUGCCUGAUCAAAGUCCAGGACCAUUACCAUGUAUGUCAUUCCCUAGCCGGCUUCUUUGGCCGAGUCUAUUACUGACUGGACUGUGAAAAAUCCUUUAACAGCGAUGAUUUGCAACACCACCGUUGCCCAGGCCAGAAAUGUACCUGUUGCCACUAAGCCCAUUGCUGCGACUUUACCACCGCGGCUGGACCAGCCGCCGUCCCAUGCCAAGAAUGCAAGCGUUUCUUUUUCGGCGCCGACUGCCUCCUGAACCACCAGACCCAUACCAGUGCCGGCCGUGUGGCGUCCACCCCUCAAAUGGCCGUGUGCAGUACCUACAGGCGUUGCCCCGACUGCCAGACAUUGUGCCAAGGAUUAGCCCUCCAAAGACACAAAUGCGGGUACGGCAAAUGCCCGUCCUGUAAAGAAUAUGUGCCUACAGACACUCAUCGAUGUUACAUUCAG